GGAGGAGGAGGAGGAGGAGAAGAAAGAGGAGUAGAAGAGAAGGACCAGGAGGAGGGGGCGUAGGCGGAUUUCCUGGGUCUGGCUUGGAGGGUUAACCAUGGCGUUUGGGAAGAGCCACAAAGAUCCCUUCGGGACUUCAGUGGGCCACCUGAUAGAAAAGGCUACAUUUGCAGGCGCUCAGACUGAAGACUGGGGCCAGUUCAUGCACAUCUGUGACAUGAUUAUCACCUGCAAAGAUGGGCCAAAAGAGGCAGUAAGAGCUUUGAAGAAGAGGAUUUCUAAAAACUGUAAUCACAAGGAGAUCCAACUUACCUUAUCGCUUAUUGACAUGUGCAUGCAGAACUGUGGUCCAAGUUUCCAGGCCUUGAUUGUGAAGAGGGACUUCAUUAAAGAUCACCUAGUUAAGCUGCUGAGUCCCAGAUACAACUUGCCUUUAGACAUACAGAAUAAGAUCUUGAGCUUCAUCAUGACAUGGUCACGGGGUUUCCAUGGAGGUGUGGAUGUGAGUGAAGUCAAGGAAAUCUACCUAGAGCUGCUCAAGAAAGGAGUUCAGUUUCCAUCUUCAGAGACAGAGGCUGAAGCAGAGAGGCAAAUGGCCUUGUCUCCGAGCAUAACUAAGCCACCCCCAUUUGUUCCAUCCACAUCAGUAUGUUCAUCUGCAGCUGCUCCCAAGGCCCCAACUAUUUUGCUGGUUGCCGAACAGAUUGCAAAAUUGCACAGUGAAGUGGAUAUGGUGAAAAUGAAUGUGAAAGUAAUGUCAGCCAUAUUGAUGGAGAAUACACCUGGAUCAGAAAAUCAGGAAGAUAUGGAACUCUUAGAGAAAUUGUAUAAGACUGGUAGGGACAUGCAAAUCAGGCUCAUGGACCUGCUGGAGGUGGUAGAGAAUGAGGAUAUAACAAUGGAGCUCAUUCAAGUGAAUAUGGAUUUGAAUCAAGCCCUCCUUGGAUAUGAGAGGUUUUCUCGAAAUCAGAAACGAUUCCAGGAACAAAAUCAGAGCCACAAGGAAGCCCAGAAGAAUAACUGUGAGCCUUCUGCCCCGUCCUGUGAUUUACUUGACUUAAGUCCCGGUCCAAGCUCUCUGACUUCUGGCUUGCCAUUGGAAGGAGUCCAUGCCAUGAGUUCUCAAUUUUCUGGCUUAAAUGUUAGCGUUCCACAUGCCACUGAUGCCAACCACUCAAAUCCUUUCCAGCUUCACUCACAACUGGAUUUACUGGCCUCAGAGAAUCCAGAAAUAUCCUUGUUUCCACAAAGGACAGAUCAAAGAAUUUCCUCGGGUCAUCCAUCUGACAAUUUCUUAACCCAUUUAAAUCCAAUCCUGAUGCAGCCAGUGAACCUUCAGGCUGGCCAUGCUGGACCUUCAAACCACAGGCCCCCAGCUUCAUCCAGCAACCAACAAGCAGAGAAUGAUCUUCAGCCACCCAAUUACUAUGAGGUAAUGGAGUUUGAUCCUUUGGCUCCAGAUGCCACUACAGAAGCUAUUUAUGAAGAAAUUGAUGCUAAAUGCUUUAAACCAAUGCAGAAUCAUACAAACAGUUGAAAGAUGCUUUUAGAGAAAUCCAUCAUCAUACCCUGAGAUACAGUAGAUGAAAACUAUUUUAUUACUUCUUGAAUAAAUCAUAAAAUAUUUGAUAAAUUGGAGUUAUAAUUCAGGAAAAAAGAUUAUUUAAGUGCCUUCACAAUUAAAAUUGAAUGUAAAAAUAAUUUUGCACUUCUGAAGAUAUUUUU